UUAGAUUACUCACUGUCACAACUUUUCUUUUUUCCUUCCAUUUCUCUAUCUUCAAUUCUUUUUUGACAUAAUUUUUAUAUUUGUUGGGUUUUUCUUUUUCUUUUUAAAGAAAUUAUUUCUUUGUAAUGCUUUUUGAGAAGAGUUGAAGAUCUUAUGUUUUUUUUUUAAGGACUCUCUUCAUAUUCAAACAUGGUUAGCAUUUUAGUUGUUCUUCACGUUUCUGUGGUGGGUUCUUGCAAAAAACCAGCUUUUCUGUGAUGCUACUGUUUCUGGGCUCUCUUUUUUGAGAGAGCCUUUCAAAGCUCUUUUUCCCCCCUUGAAAACCAUUUCAGUUACAUCCAGCUUGUUUCAUAGCAGUGUUUUCACUUUGGUGUUGAGAUCAAGUUUUCUUGGCGUUUUGCUUUUGAAGAACGUUCUGAAAGUUGGAUCUUUGGGGAAGAUUUUAGGCUUUUUUUUUUUAAAUAAUCAUUUCAUCGUCAGCUAAAAAGAAAACAGAAGACAAAAAACCCACACACACAAAAAAAAAAAACACCACCCACUUGGCUUUUACUUGAGGCUGUUUCAAAUCAAAACUCCUCAUUUUAGCUUCUCUCUCUCUCUCUCUCUCUCACUUCAGUUUCAUACAUAUCGUAGAAAAGGGACGGACUUUACUAAGAAACAAAAUAAUCUUUAGUUCUAUAGGCAAAUCCUCCACAACAAGGCUGUUAUCUUUUAUCACUCAGUUCACGGCUCUCUCUCACUCACCCUCACUGUGUUUUUUUUUUUGUCUGACAAAUCCUCAUAUAUAUAAACAAAAAUUGGUUCUUGCAAUCUUGGUUUUAGCUAGAAAUGGCUAUGGCGUUGGCCCAACAUAGAGAAAGCAGCAGUGACAGUAGCAUCAACAAACAUCUUGAUGGUGGCAAGUAUGUUAGAUACACGGCUGAGCAAGUUGAAGCUUUGGAACGAGUCUAUGCUGAGUGCCCCAAGCCCAGCUCCUUGCGUAGGCAACAGUUGAUAAGGGAAUGCCCCAUUCUUUCAAACAUCGAACCUAAACAGAUCAAAGUUUGGUUUCAAAAUCGCAGGUGUAGAGAGAAGCAAAAAAAAGAGUCUUCAAGGCUGCAGACUGUGAAUAGAAAAUUAACAGCAAUGAACAAGCUGUUGAUGGAGGAGAAUGAUCGGUUGCAAAAACAGGUGUCUCAGAUGGUCUGCGAGAAUGGGUAUAUGAAGCAACAACUGCAUACUGUAAAUACAUCAGCAGCUGAUGCAAACUGUGAUUCCUUGGGCACCACUCCUCAGCAUUCACUCAGAGAUACCAAUAGCCCUGCUGGACUCCUCUCCAUUGCAGAGGAGACCUUGGCAGAGUUCCUUUCCAAGGCUACGGGAACUGCUGUCGAUUGGGUCCAGAUGCCUGGGAUGAAGCCUGGUCCGGAUUCGGUUGGGAUAUUUACCAUUUCCCAAAGUUGUAGUGGAGUGGCAGCUCGAGCCUGUGGUCUUGUAAGCUUAGAACCUGUAAAGAUUGCGGAGAUUCUUAAAGAUCGUCCAUCUUGGUCUCGAGACUGCCGAAACCUUGAAGUUUUUACCAUGUUUCCAGCUGGCAAUGGCGGAACAAUCGAACUUGUAUACGCACAGACAUUUGCUCCAACUACGCUGGCUCCUGCAAGGGACUUUUGGACUCUAAGAUACACUACAACUUUAGAGAAUGGCAGUCUUGUGGUCUGUGAGAGGUCUCUUUCUGGUUCGGGUGCUGGCCCAAGCGCAGCUGCAGCGGCUCAAUUUGUGAGAGCUGAAGUGCUUCCUAGUGGCUAUUUGAUUAGGCCUUGUGAGGGUGGAGGGUCGAUCAUCCAUAUCGUUGACCACCUGAAUCUUGAGGCAUGGAGUGUGCCAGAGGUGCUGCGCCCGCUUUAUGAAUCGUCUAAAGUAAUUGCACAGAAAAUGACAAUUGCGGCACUACGUUACAUCAGGCAGAUUGCCCAGGAGACAAGUGGUGAGGUGGUUUACAGUCUCGGCAGGCAGCCGGCUGUACUCAGAACUUUUAGCCAAAGAUUAAGCAGAGGCUUCAAUGAUGCAAUAAAUGGAUUCAAUGAUGAUGGAUGGUCUAUAAUGAAUUGUGAUGGAACGGAGGAUGUGAUAAUUGCAAUUAAUUCAAUCAAGAGCUUUAGUAGCACAUCAAAUCCUGCUAAUGCUCUCUCGUUCCUUGGGGGUGUUCUGUGUGCCAAGGCAUCCAUGUUGCUUCAAAAUAUUGCACCUGCUGUGCUUGUACGUUUUCUUAGGGAGCAUCGGUCAGAGUGGGCUGAUUUCAAUGUCGACGCUUAUUGUGCUGCAUCGUUGAAGGCUGGAACAAAUGCUUAUCCUGGAAUGAGACCUACAAGGUUUACGGGGAGUCAGAUCAUCAUGCCACUUGGCCACACCAUUGAACACGAGGAGCUACUCGAAGUGAUAAGACUUGAAGGCCAUUCUUUUGUGCAAGAAGAUGCCUUUGUAUCAAGGGAUAUUCAUCUAUUGCAGAUAUGUAGUGGAAUCGAUGAGAAUGCUGUUGGAGCCUGUUCGGAGCUUGUCUUUGCCCCAAUUGAUGAAAUGUUUCCGGAUGAUGCUCCCCUACUACCUUCUGGAUUUCGUGUUAUCCCUUUGGAUUCAAAAUCAUCUGAUACACAGGACUCAUUGACCACAAAUCGGACUUUGGAUCUGACUUCUAGUCUCGAGGUAGGACCUGCAACAAAUCAUGCUGCAGGAGACACUUCAUCGUGUCGGAACACACGAUCAGUAUUGACAAUUGCCUUCCAGUUUCCCUUUGAAAGCAAUCUUCGGGAUAAUGUUGCAACCAUGGCACGCCAGUAUGUCCGCAGUGUCAUUUCUUCUGUCCAGAGGGUUGCCAUGGCCAUAUCGCCGUCUGGAUUGAACCCAGCUGUCGGAUCAAAGCUAUCUCCAGGCUCUCCAGAAGCACUUACACUGGCUCACUGGAUUUGCCGGAGCUACAGUUACCAUCUAGGGGCGGAGUUGUUGAGAUCUGAAUCACUUGGCGGUGACUCGAUAUUGAAGAAUCUCUGGCAACAUCAGGAUGCGAUACUGUGUUGUUCAUUGAAGUCACAACCGGUUUUCAUCUUUGCAAAUCAAGCUGGGCUUGACAUGCUUGAGACAACUCUAGUGGCUCUUCAAGACAUCACACUGGAUAAAUUGUUUGACGAGUCCGGUCGCAAGGCAUUGUGCUCUGAUUUUGGCAAAUUAAUGCAGCAGGGAUAUGCUUGCUUGCCGGCGGGAAUCUGCAUGUCAACAAUGGGACGCCAUGUUUCGUAUGAACAAGCUUUUGCCUGGAAAGUCCUUGAAGCUGAUGAGUCUACUGUCCAUUGCCUGGCCUUCUCCUUUGUUAACUGGUCUUUUGUGUGAACAACAUUUCACUGUAAUUUAUUUAUCUGAAAACCAAGGUUUUCCCAUAGCUGCUCCCGGAAAAUGGAAAUGAUGAACAGAUCAGGAAAAAUGAAAGGGAAAUUUUAGAUGAAAUGGAAAAGAACAGAAAAAAAUAUGUUUUGUAAUAUCGAACAGUUCAGGUUUGCAUUAUAUAAAUUUAAUCCAUUUUUUUAGUGCACCAAAAA